AUGGCAGCACCGGAGCACGUCAUGAGCGGCGCGCCACCGGCAGGCCAGUGCGCAGGCCCCGUGACGUCACCGACGCGCGACCGGGCCGGUGCCGGGGGAAGAGCCUGCUGAGGGAUGCCCAAGAAGUUCCAGGGCGAGAACAGCAAGUCGGCCGCUGCCCGAGCUCGGAAGGCUGAAGCCAAGGCGGCAGCUGAUGCCAAGAAACAGAAGGAGCUGGAAGAUGCUUACUGGAAGGAUGAGGACAAACACGUGAUGCGGAAGGAGCAACGCAAGGAGGAGAAGGAGAAGAGACGCCUGGAGCAGCUGGAGCGCAAGAAGGAGACGCAGCGGCUGCUGGAGGAGGAGGACUCUAGGCUCAAGGGCGGCAAGGCCCCUCGCACGGUGCCUGCCAAGGUCACGCGCGCGCAGAUCGAGGACUCCCUGCGCCGAGAGCAGCGCGCGGAGCCAGUGGAGAAGGCCAAGAGCCACCUGGAGCUGCCGCUGGAGGAGAACCUGAACCGGCGCGUGCUGGACGAGGGCAGCGUGGAAGCUCGCACCGUGGAGGACGCCAUAGCCGUGCUCAGUGUGGCAGAGGACGCCGACCGGCACCCCGAGCGCCGCAUGCGCGCGGCCUUCACCGCAUUCGAGGAGGUGCAUCUGCCGCGACUGAAGCAGGAGAACCCCAACAUGCGGCUGUCGCAGCUGAAGCAGCUGCUGAAGAAGGAGUGGUUGCGCUCCCCCGACAACCCCAUGAACCAGCGUGCGCUGCCCUUCAAUGCGCCUAAGUGACGGAACCAGGCUCGAGUCCAGCUUGUCCAGGUCCAGCUCGUCCGAGUCCAGGCGUCCCCCUCCAGCCAGGCCUGCCUGGGGACCCAGGGAGUUCCGAGCCUGGGGCACUCCCAGCUGCGCCACCAGUCACCCUCAACAAUCCAGAGGGUCCCCGCUCUGAGCAACACCUAGCCCCUGUGCGCCCUGUGGAGCCCGGCUGAGCACCCCGCCCAAUAAAGGCUGUGGUGAGGCUGCCCGA